AUGGCGUCCCACACCUUGAGCGCUGCGGCGGGCAGGGCGGUUGGCCGCUGGCUGUGCCUGGCGGUGGCCCUGCUGGCAUGCGGGUGCGCGGGGGCGCAGAGGGCGAAGGAGGGGGAGGCUGGGCGGGAGUGCUUCGCCGUCGUGGAGUACGCGGCCCUCGUCGAAGACCCCGAGAAGGCCAACCUGACGGAUUCUUUCAAGGGGGAGCUGAAAGUGAAGAAGAUCGACGCCAAAGAGAUCGUGAAUGGAUCAAUAAAGUUGGCGUGGACUUUCUCGGCUGGCGCAACACUCGAAGGCAAAUCCAGCAUCACUGAAGAUCCCACAAAGUUUAUCUAUUCUUCUGAAACCGUUGACGAACAGAUGAUUACACUGUGGUGGAAUGACUCUGCAGGCUUUUCAGAUGGUUCGUUAUCUACAGUACGAUUCGUUGGAGAAAAAGGGAACAGCGCACCGGCCGACGCAGGCUUCACAAACUACACGAUGGCAGCUCCAAAUAGUGUGGCGCUCAAUGAUUACCAAUGUGUACCCAUUGGACCCGAAGAUGAGCUUGUCGCAAUAUCGAAAGAAGAAGCGAAUCGAGGCGACCUUGUGUUAUCCUAUAUGCCCAUCGAACUCACAAGCUUCAGGUCGUCCGAUGGUUUUGUUCUACCUGCCACCACAUUUGCAUUCAGAAUUGUCAACGAGGGAUCAAGGGUCGUCGACCUGAAGCAUGUGCGUUUGGAAUACUGGUUCGAUGGGGACGACAGUUUGUUGGCAACAGAUGCGAAGGAUUUGCCCUUCAAAAGCAAUUGCCGGUCGUCAACAACAAAUUGUUCACUGAUGGUGACAAAAGUACGGACUGGCCAACGAGGUGUUCAAGGGGCCAAAUUCAAAGUAGAGAUCUCCUUCCUGGAAGGCGCUGGGAAUCUCCCUCCAACCCAAAACUUGCCAACUACAGAACAAGAUGUGUCCAUGUCACCACCGUUCGUUGAGGCCAUCAUUAACAUCACGUCCAUCAAGAUCUUGGGCCAAAUGAAUUCAACAAGAGAUUUCUCAUACCUUGAGACCGAAAUUGACGCCAAUAGGUCAUUUAUGGCCGAUAUUCCUGACUUCGUGAACCAUGUAUACGCUGAGAACCAACGAAUCCCAGUAUAUUUGAAAGGAGAGCGCGUGUGGGGAAGCUCGCCAGAAGGUGUACAAGACAAGGUUGAGCAAGUUGGUGGAUCGCAACUUCAAUGCGGAUCCGCCAGUUUUGGCAGGGCAGGAUGUGGUUUGCGUCAGCAGUACUGCUGCGAUGCCAAGCUCAAAGUUGCCGUCCCGAUGGCCCCGACGGUUCCGACGGUUUUUCCAACGGCCGUAUUCGUAAACGCGACGGUAUCAGGGACACCUGAGGGCAGUUCCAUAAAAGGCCUACUUGCUCCGUUGAUUGGGAGCAUGAUUGGAGGCUUUGCGGCGAUCUUGGUCAUCGCCUGGUGCUGGAGGAUGGCAGCUGCUGUCAUUAACCGUCGAUCAAGGAGCGCAACAGUUGAUUUGGAACAAAACGACAACCAAAUUAAGCAGGCCUAUGACCCUAUGUAG